AUGGUUAAGGGAUCUGACUCUGGAAUUUUCAAAGCGAUUAUAAUACAAAGGGACAAGCUAAUGACCAUACAAAGUACAUGGGAUGCUAUGCUGCAGAUGGGUAAAUUCCAUGGGAGGAAAGUGUAUCAAAGCCUCUUACCUAUUACUCCUAAUGUUCCAUGGGCCAAAUUAAUCCUUCACAAUAGAGAUAGACCCCGGGCAAUUAUUACUCUCUGGACGAUCUGUCAUGGAAAGCUAGCAACCAAGUCAAGACUGUUCAGAUUUGGCAUGAUCAACAAUAACAAAUGUGCUUUUUGCAAUGAAGAGGAAACCAUUGAUCACUUAUUUUUUUGUUGUGUGGAAUUGAAGCAAAUAUGGAGUGGUAUUCUUCAGUGGUUGGGCAUUCAACACACUCCAAAAAGAUGGCAAAAGGAAAUGCAAUGGGCUCUGAGCAAUUAUGGUGGGAAAGGCUGGCAAUCUGAUUUGGUUAAGCUUGCCCUUACAGAAACUCUUCAUGAGAUCUGGCUUUAUAGAAACGAAGCUUGUUUUAAUCAUAGAACUGAUAACAGGAAUUGCCUUGAUAGAAUUAUUUACAAUAUAAUGUAUAGAGGGUGGACUAGUCCAAAGCUUAGACCACGUAUAGCUAGGUUUAUUUUGCCUUAA